GUAAAUUUACACUGUAUUUGAUUCAUGUUUUGUUAGCUAAUCUAGCAAGCAGAUGCCGACUGCUUCAACUUAUUUUCAGAUGAAUAUAUGUGCAUAAAACAGCUCAUACGCCACUCCUACUAAGAAGGGAGGAUGGCACACCACCGCACCCCACCUGAGACAUCCCAGAGGACGGAGUACCUAGAGGCUGAUAAUGAAUCCGACAGGGACUCUGGUGUUGGGGAUGAUGCAGGAGAGGAUGCUGACAGUUGCCAUGAAAGCACAGUAACAGAAGAAGAGAAACUUGAGAACCACGAUGGCGGGGAAGGAAAAAGUGGGGAGGGAGAAGAUUUUACAGUCUUUGUUGCCUUUCAAGGAAAUAUGGAUGAUGAAGACUUCAUUCAGAAACUUGAGACAAUCCUCAGAGGGAUACCAAACGUGCUUGAUAUGGGCCCUGAGCGGCUUCAACCACAGCAUGUGGAGCCGUGGAACAGUGUGCGGGUUACCUUCAACAUUCCUCGGGAUGCUGCUGAGCGUCUCCGUCUGUUGGCCCAGAACAACCAGCAGCAGCUCAGAGACCUGGGGAUUCUCUCUGUCCAGAUAGAAGGGGAAGGUGCCAUCAAUGUGGCUAUGGGACCAAAUCGAGGACAAGAAGUCAGGGUGAAUGGACCAAUGGGUGCACCUGGUCAGAUAAGAAUGGAUGCUGGUUUUCCUGGUCAGCCUGGUCCAGGAGGGGUUCGAAUGGCUAAUCCAUCAAUGGUUCCUCCAGGGCCUGGCAUGGUAGGUCAGACUAUGUUACCAAGUAGUAGUGGACAGAUCCACCCUCGACUUCAGAGACCACCUUCACAAACAGAUGCGAUGGAUCCAAUGAUGUCAGUCCAACAGCAGCAACAGCUUCAGCACCAACAGGCUGGUCCCCAUGGCUCAGGCCCCAUGCCUCCUCAAGCUGCACAUCACAUGCAGGCUCUACAGGCUGGGAGACCGCUCAAUCCUGCUGCACUGCAGCAGCUACAACAUCAGCAUCACCAGCAGCAACAGGCUCAGCUCUCCCAACUUGGACCUAGACCUCCAUUCAACCAAUCAGGCCAGAUGGCUGCGCCCUCUGGCUGGAAUCAGUUGCCUCCUGGUGUCCUCCAACCACCCACAGCCCAAGGAGGCCCUGCCUGGAGAAAGCCCCCACCCCAAGCACAGAUGGUUCAACGCCCACCUUCCCUUGCUACAGUUCAGACCCCCAGUCAUCCUCCGCCCCCCUACCCAGUUGGCAGCCAGCAGGCUGGGCAGGUAUUCGGUGCGAUGGGACAGGGACAAUUACAGCAACAACAACAACAGGCUGGAAUGGGUCAGUUUGCUGCUCCCCAGCCUAAAGGUCAACAGCCUGCCACUGGUGUUGCAGGGCCACCAAGACCCCCUCCACCCCUACCACCAACUACUGGACCACAGGGUAACCUCACUGCCAAAUCCCCUGGUUCGUCCUCAUCUCCUUUUCAGCAGGGUUCACCAGGGACACCACCUAUGAUGGCUCAGAGACCUACAACUCCACAGGGCUUCCCCCAGGGUAUAGGUUCACCAGGAAGGGCAGCCCUCAGUCAACAGGGUAACAUGCAACAGGCAUUCAUGGGAAUGCCCCAGCAUGGACAGCCUGGGGCCCAAGUUCACCCAGGUAUGCCAAAGCGACCCAUAGGCUUUCCAACCCCAAACUUUGUUCAAGGUCAGGUGAGUGCUAGCACUCCAGGAACCCCUGUUGGAGGCCCCGGCCAGCAGCUACAGAGCAGCCAAGCAAUGGCUCACACAGGAGCUCAACCAUCAGCCUCUACACCAAACUCAAUGCAGGGACCACCCCAUGCUCCACCUAAUGUUAUGGGUGUUCAAAGUAGCAUGGCAGGGUCAGCACCUGGUACAACUGCUGGGCCUAGUAUGGGCCAGCAACAGCCUGGCCUCCAGACCCAGAUGAUGGGCCUCCAGCAUCAGGCCCAGCCUGUGUCCUCCUCCCCCAGCCAGAUGGUUCAAGGCCAGGGUGCAGGUCAGACUGUCCUCUCAAGGCCCAUCAAUCAAGGGCAGAGAGGAGGGAUGACCCCACCCAAGCAGAUGAUGCCUCAGCAAGGCCAGGGGGUGAUGCAUGGGCAGGGUCAGAUGGUUGGAGGCCAAGGGCACCAGGCCAUGCUCCUGCAGCAGCAGCAGCAACAACAACAGCAGCAACAAAACUCAAUGAUGGAACAAAUGGUUGCCAACCAGAUGCAAGGCAACAAGCAGGCUUUCGGGGGCAAGAUGCCAGCCGGGGUUAUGCCUGGGCAGAUGAUGCGUGGCCCUUCUCCAAAUGUACCAGGUAACAUGGCUCAGUUCCAGGGUCAGGUUGGCCCACAGCAGAUGACUCCACAGCAACAACAACAAAUGGCUCAACUUCAGCAGCAGCAAAUGCAACAACACCAGCUGCAACAGCAGCUGCAACAGCAACAGCAGCACCAGCAGAUGAAUCAGCAACAGUCUCAGCAGGUUCCUGUUGCUGGAAAUCCUAAUCAAGUUAUGGGCAUGCAUGGGCAACAGAUGAGACUGCCUUCAGGGCACCCUCUCAUUCAACAACAGUUGCAACAGCAGCAGUUACAACAGCAGCAGAAGCAACAACAAGCCAUGAUGCAACAGCAGCAGCAGCAACAACAACAACAGGCAGCUCAGCAACAUCCACAUGCCAUGGGGGAUCCAAACAGUGGGACAGGAGAUUUGGGAGUACAACAAAUGGUUCCUGAUAUGCAGGCACAGCAACAGCAAAGCAUGAUGGGAGGCCCCCAGCACAUGCAGAUGGGAAAUGGGCACUUUCCAGGUCAUGGCAUGAAUUUCAACUCACAGUUUCCAGGUCAGAUGCAGAUUGCAGGACCUUGUGGACAGCCAGGUGGCUUUCCUGUUAGCAAAGAUGUUACACUGACUAGCCCACUGCUGGUCAAUCUGCUGCAGAGUGAUAUUUCAGCCAGCCAAUUUGGACCAGGAGGAAAACAAGGAGCAGGUGGGGGAAAUCCAGCCAAACCCAAAAAGAAGAAGCCAGCACGCAAGAAGAAGCCCAAAGAGGGAGAAGGUCAACAGCAAGUAGAGGGACUUGGUAGUCUUGAAGUGGCUGCUGGCAUGGAGGAUGCUGAACUGCCAAAUCUUGGUGGUGAACAUGGUAUGGGCUUAGACAACGCAGGCCAGAAACACCCUGAAUUUGCUAACAGGCCUGGAGGCUUUCCUGGCCAGCCUGGAGAUCAAAGAGUAUUGCAGCAAGUACCCAUGCAAUUUAUGCAACAGCAACAACAACAACCACCAUCGCAGCAACAACAACAGCAGCAGCAGCAACAACAACCACCAUCACAGCAACAACAACAGCAGAUGCAGCAGCAGCAACAACAACCACCAUCACAGCAACAACAACAACAGAUGCAGCAGCAACAACAGCAGAUGAUGAUGAUGCUGAAGAUGCAGCAGGAGCAGGCGAAGAAUCGUAUGCCCAUCCCUCCAGGAGGGCAGCUACCUCCCCGAGGAAUGGGCAAUCAAACUGAGGUGCAAAGACAUCCUGUCUCACAGCAAGGCAACAUGCCUGUGAUGAUCAGCCUUCAAGGACCUGGAGGGGUGCCACCAUCACCUGACAAAGCCAGAGGAAUGCCCCUGAUAGUGAACCCACAGCUUGCAGGGGCUGCACGACGAAUGUCCCAUUCUGAUGCAGGACAGGCUCCCCAAGGAACUGGAUCUGAAGAAGCCCCUUCAGGUGCCCACUCAAAGCAGGACAGACCUGGUGGCCCAGAAAUGGGGGGACAACCAGGAAAUGGCACUCAACAGAUUGUGGGCAAUCAGGCCUCCAACACUCACAUGAUGAAGCAAGUCCCUGGUUCAGCGCAAAUGCCCCAGCAUACUGGAGCUAGUCCUCAGCAGCAGUUACCCACUCAACCUCAACAAGGAGGUCCCAUGCCUGGUCUUCAUUUCCCCAAUGUCCCCACAACCUCACAGAGUUCAAGACCUAAAACCCCCAACAGAGCCAGCCCCAGACCAUACCACCAUCCCCUCACCCCAACCAAUCGUCCACCCAGUACUGAACCCUCAGAAAUUAACCUUUCACCCGAGAGGCUAAAUGCCUCUAUUGCAGGGCUUUUUCCUCCCAAAAUUAACAUUCCUUUGCCUCCAAGGCAGCCAAACCUAAACAGGGGAUUUGAUCAGCAAGGUCUUAAUCCAACAACUCUGAAAGCCAUUGGACAGGCACCUCCUAACCUAACUUUACCAGGAAACAACAAUGGCAGUGCUGGUGGAAAUAACACUAACAACAAUCAACAGGCAUUUUCUGCUGGUUCUGGUACUGGGAUGGUAGGUGCUAAACAGGACAAACCAGCUGGAGUGCAGGGUAAGAGGGCAAGUCCCAGCAAUAGUAGGAGGUCAAGCCCAGCCUCUAGUCGUAAGUCAGCCACCCCGAGUCCAGGAAGACAGAAAGGGGCAAAAAUGGCUGUCACUGGCCCUCCACACCAGCAGCAGUUGGUCAGUCCUCAGGGGCAAACAAUGAUGCUAAGCCCUACCUCAGUACCUCCAAGUCCAGUAUCUAUGGCUUCACAAGUGACUGGUUCCAUGGAGGCGCAGCAGACCCAGAGCAACCUUCAUGGAAUUCAAGGUAACCCUGCUGAUGGAGUCAGGGAUAGUCAGGGAAUGAUAACAGCAGAGCAGCGACAGAUACCACAGUCUCAGUCACAGCCACAGCCUUUAAGGGAGUUAUCAGCACCCAGAAUGACUAGCCCUCGUCUGCCUGCACCUCAGCAGCCUAAAACUGACUUGGAACUGCAGGCUUGCACUGUUGAUAGGCAGCUGACGCAUUCAGCGCCUGUACAGGAGUCCGAGGUCUCACCUGCUAUCAGAGCAGCCCCGACUUCCCUAAACCAGUUACUGGAUAACACAGGUGUUCCAAAUAUGUCCCUGAGAACCGUACAGAGUAGUACUGUUAGGGAUGUAAUGGGAAAGGACAGUCCUAAGUCUGCUUUUGAUCCAGAAAGACCACUUCACAGUAAUUCCCAAAGCACAGAUGUGGCAGUGUCUGUUGCUAAUACUGCAGAAACCGAAGCUAAACUCAAACCUGCUGUCCCAGUCCCUACCAGCAGUCCUAACUUACUGCCUGUUUCAGUUCCUGGUUCACAUCCUCCCAAUAGCAUGAACUCCAAUACCACUCCCAGCCUUAAUCAAAACCCAGUUUCCAGUCUUGGUGUCAUUCCUAGUUCAAAUGUAAAUGCAACACCUACACACACAGUCAGUACCAACACUAAUGCCACCACAAGUGUAAACCCCAGUACAAUUGCUUCCAGUCAGAUUAGUUCUGCGUCCACAGUUAGUAGUAGUUCGAACUCUAGCUCUGCUGUAAACCCAAUUGGUUCGGCUACUAAACCAAGCCCUAGUCCUAAAACUGUGACAAGUGUACACUCAGUCAUACAGAUCCCUGCCUCUUCUAGCACCAUUUCCCCCAACCAGAUCACUGUGUUUGUGGCCUCAAACCCUAUCACUUCUGCCCCUGCUUCACAGCCGCCCACAUCUAUGGUUUCAACUAUGGUGGCUGUCCCUCACAGGAACAUUAGACCUCAGGACAUCCGGCAGCAGAGCUCAGCAUCCCGACCUCCUCAGUUCAUCACAACCACCCCUGUAUUUAUCAACCCAAUUUUCCAGGUCCCAAGUUCAUCUGUGGCUCCCAAUACUACAGUGGUAUCUCAGUCAGUCACCAUGGUGGGGUCUAUCCAAGUGUCAAAUGCAAAUAUCCAGCUUUCUGCUGCUCCAAGCUCUACCCAGUCCUCAGGGACUAACAUGACCAGCAGUCAGCCCACUAGAAAUGCUGUUGGACAGCUUCAGAUUGCCACUAGUAUGUCAUCACCGGCCCCAGCACCUCCCCUAGGUCUUCAAAGUAACCCAGCAGCUAACAAAACAGAAAGCCCCGGUGAGGCUAUUUCUACUCCAAAAUCUCACCCAGUUCCACAGCCAUCUCCUCAUCCCAACCCUUCAGCAUCUCCCUUUCAGCCACCUCUGGCUUCUCCUCUUCCCUGCUCUAGUCCUGGUGCUGUUAACACCGUCCGGAAAAGCCCUGUUUCUUCAUCUCCAACUGCCCAGUUAAGAAGUAAGCCUGCACAGGUUGCUGUAGCUGUUUCUGUUACAGCGGACUCCCAGCAAAGUCCUGUGGAAAGGCCUGCACAGGGGCACACAGGGGCUGUGCCACCACAGGUCUUUCAUCCUCCUGCUAGUCCAGCCAUUCAGAUUGAAGCACAAGCCCCCCAUACUACUGCUGUUUCCCAAAACACCCUUGCUAUAUCUGCAGUUUCAUCUCCAGUCCCAGUUCCUGGUCAAGUCACUGCUCCUACUCAGAUUAUAAGCCAGACUCAAGCACAUGCACCAGCUUCAGUCUCAACCCCAAUGCAAGCUGUAACAUCUCAAGCUCCUGUUGUGGCUGUAGUUGGUACUCCCACUGGUGUUUCUUCUUCAGCUGUGCUCUCCACAGUUCCUCUUGUGCAAAGUCCAGUACCGUCCAUUAUUCCAACCCUUGCCACACCUGGACCUGUUCGCGAGGGUUCCCAGACCACAUCCUCUCCAGCUGCUAACCCAAGCGGAGUUCCAGCAGGCCAGUCUGACCCUGCAACAGCUGUGGAGCCCUCCAUCCCAACAGCUGGAGCAGCUGCUGAAACCACUCAGACCACAGCAGCACCUAUUCAACAAGAAGCUCCACAGUCACAGGAACCUACUGCUACCGAGAAGACCGGUGAAGAGGCUUCGACCGGUUCUGAACAGGGAUGGGCAAAGAAAAGAAAGGCGCCCAUCAACUUAGUCUCAAGAGCUGCUGUGGAGAAGCCCAAAGGGCCAAGCAGGCGCAGCUCCCGGGCUGAGAAAGAGGUGGAGGAGGAGCCAGUAGCAGACAGCAGCCUUAGGAAGAGAUCGGCCAGGCCUGCAACCAGUGCUGCUGUGAAAGAAGCUGGAGCGAGCCCCACGCAGGCCAAGAGAAGGAAGUCUAAGUAGGCACGACUACAGUUGUGUUUACCUGUGAAAUGUACUGUAAAUGUUUUUGUUUCCCCGCUGUGAAUCACUUGAUAAUGGUUUCUCUGAGCAGGAUUAUAAAUUUUUACUAGAGGAAGAGACCUGUGUACAGAUUGUUUUAAAAGGAAUCAUGCUAUUGUCGUGUCCACGUGAGAUUGUAGUUAGGUGUGCAUACAGUUUGUGUGAAUGUGCUUUUUAUAUGAAAUGCUGGAUUAAUCAUGUGAAGAUAGAUGGUGCAGCUUGUCAUGACGGUAUAAUGUAAAACAAAUAAAAUUUUCUACCGCUUUUUUUCUGUG